AUGCCUCCAAUCCAUGACCGGAUCCGCGAUGAUCUCCUCAUCAAAGAGCGUAGUCUUUGGACUGCUCUCACCUCCGCCGAUCCAGGCCCCGAAAUCGAGAAGUUAUCCAACCCCGAAGCCAAUAUGCUAUUCCCCAAAACACCAAUCCUUACCCUGGAUGGAGAACCGUCUCUCACACAAACGCUGAAACCCCCCUUCCAUCACUUUGAUGCGUUUGAGCUGAAGGAUGUCCGAGUCAUCAUCAUCGAUCUCAUGGCGGGAACCGUGACCUAUAAUAUCAACGCCUCGAGGGGAAAGGAAGAGUAUCGUGCCACUGGAUCCACAACAUGGAGUCAAGGAUCGGAUGGGGAAUGGAGGAUUGUGGCGCAUACCGAGACAUUGCUGUGA